GCAAAACCCGAUACAUCUUAAUCGUAUAAAAGUCUGUCUCUGCUUGAAAGUUAUUUACAAACUAUUCGAAAAUGUUCAAAGUAAUAUCGUCUUGUUUGCUGUUAACAACAGUAUGUGCCGUCGAAUUCCAGAUUACUAAUAGAGAAAUCGGUCCAAUUUGGGUUGGUAUUCAAGGAAAUUCUGGUAAGCCAGCCUUGGCCAAUGGCGGAUUCAUUCUUGAAGCAGGAGCUACGACGUCAAUACAUGCUCCAGCAGACUGGGCUGGGCGUUUUUGGGCAAGAACCUGGUGCGACUAUAAUAGUAAGCACUGUUUGACGGGAGAUUGCGGAAAUCGACUAGAAUGUGGAGGAAAUGGAGGUGCACCGCCUGCAACUCUAGCUGAAAUUACUCUGAAAGGAUGGCAAGGUCUGGAUUAUUACGAUAUUUCAUUGGUAGAUGGAUACAAUCUGGCAGCUAGUAUGGAACCUGUUGGAGGAAGAGGUGAUGGCGGUCAAUACAGUUGCAAAAAAACCGCCUGCGCUCGCCAUCUCAACGAAGAAUGCCCAAAUGAGCUGAAGUUACACACACAAAGUGGCGUCGUGGGUUGCAAAUCAGCCUGUCUGGCUUUUAAUACUGACCAAUACUGCUGUCGAGGUGCACACAAUAGACCAGAAACUUGUAGAAGUUCAUCAUGGCCUGUGGAUUACCCCAACUUCUUCAAGUCUCGCUGCCCAGACGCUUACAGCUACGCAUACGACGAUCACAAGAGCACUUUCACUUGCCGGGCAGAAAAAUAUAUAAUUGUUUUUGGAUUGUAGGUGUGAAAGACUCGUCUUAAUGAGUAUGAAUCACGUAUGAAUUCCAAUAAAAAGUUUUCUAGCAAUCAA